AGGCUGGACUCAUGUUCCUCAGAUCCCUGCACUAGCUGACACGUUCCCACUGAAAUGCAAAAUUGAAAAAAAAAAAAUGGAGCCGAUAACUUUAACAGCAGGGUAGGAAGAGGGGAAAAAACCGUCUGGCAUCAGUCGAUAUUAAAAACAUGCAGAGGGAGACAAGCUCGGGGCCUUCCAGAGUCAGGAAAAAGACUUCGGAGAGCUGCAGACAGGAGAUGGGUAUGGCAUUUCUAUUUUCCCCCAGCCCAUUGAUUUGUAUAUGAAAACAUAGCGCUUUUAUUCUCCCCCCUUCUGGGCUCUGCUUCUGAGUGAUCAGCUGAUGAAGAGACUAGCAGCUCGCCGCUAUGCUGGCUUGCUAAUUCUCUCCCCAACAGCUGCAGCCGAUCCUGGUAGCCAGCCUGCACAUUGCACUCAGCCUGAGGCAGCAGAGAACGGUUCCCUGGAGGCGAUGGAAGAGGACAUCAGUCUAAAGAAGCGUAAAAGUGAUCAUCAUGGGGAGACAGACGUGCAGGCCGGGCAGGAAACAGGGGAAAAGGUCAAAAGGAAGCGAGGACGCCCACCUGCUGAGAAACUACCUCCGAACCCUCCUGAACUCACCAGAACUCUGAGCACUCUGGUAGACAUGGUCAUCAACUACAAGGACGGCUUGGGUCGACAGAUCAGCAAAGGCUUUGUGCAGCUCCCCUCUAAGAAGGAGGUCCCAGAGUACUACGAGCUGAUCCGGAAGCCCGUGGACUUCAGGAGGAUCAGGGAACGUGUGCGUAAUCACAAGUACAGAAGUGUGGUGGAUUUGGAGAAGGACGUCUUCCUCCUGUGUCACAAUGCUCAGACCUAUAACCUGGAGGGGUCUCAGAUCUAUGAGGAUUCCAUUGUCAUUAAGUCUGUUUUCGAGAGUGCGAGACAGCGAAUUGUCACAGACGAGGAACAGAAAGUGACGGUUAGCGCCAGUCACAGCGAUAAUGGCGGCGGAGCUGAAGACCAAUUUGUUCCAUCAGCAGUGAAACCAUUUCCAGUCCAGCUGAAGAAGGGGAAUAAUCCAGUCCAUCUGAAGAAGGGGAAUAAUCCAGUCCAGCUGAAGAAGGGGAAUAAAGAGGAAAGACGCAGAAACGACAUGGCCAAGAGGCUUCACAGUGAUUUAGACAGCGAUGAGGAUCUAGAGGAUAGCACCACAAAAGAUGAAGGUUGAACUGAAAGACCCUCCAUUUUUUUGUAUUCUUGUUCAUAUUUAUUCCCUACCACGUCCUUUUCAUUGGUUUCUUCAUUAUCUGAGACAGAAAAGGAAAUGAUAUAGCAGAAAGGACCACUCAAAGAGAGCCACUUAUGGAACAAUGCCACUCAACCAUGUCUUGCUGCAAAUAGUGCUGUUCUUUUCAGUUAGCUGGCCUUGUACUACACUUCCCCUUUGAUCUGCCUUAUGUCUCUGUGUUUGCUUCUGAAAAUAUUAUGUAAGAUACCCAUUUUCUCUGACUGUUUUUAAUCAAUAUAUUUGAUUGUAUGAAAUGCCUUCAUAUGUCUUGGAGCAUGGUUUGUAUAUCUCUCCUGAAGAGGACUCCUGCAGAGUGGCACCGCUGAUGACAAUGCUGACGUGUUCAAGGCUUGGGAGUUGAAGCACAUGGAAAGGUGUUUUUAAAGAAAAACAACAAAAAAUGAACACUGUAAAAUCUCUGAAUGUGAUUUUAGAGAAAAUACAUCUUUGAUAAAAUGUAAAAAAAUGAAAGAGACUACAAAUAGGUCUAUUCAAGGGUACUCAAGUCGAACAUUUGUAUCCCUUGUGCUACAAUUUAUUCACAUAUUGUACAGUUUGUGUGAAAAUUAAGUUAAAAGAAACAACGUUCAUUUACUCCUGGUUGUUGGGGGAGGGGGGGGGAUAGCGGAAGAUACAAUUGUUAAGACAAUUCCUGGAAAUAUGUCACUUAAACAUCUGCGAAAUAAAUUUGACCAAAAGCCC